CUCCCCUAUCAGCACUAUGGAUUUAAAACCGGUGAAGAACGCCCGGGCGGAUCAAAUUGUUGAAUGCGUGGACGGUACCGACUUGGAUUAUCGUCACAACAACAACAAUAAUAAUACGACGACAAUAAUUAUAACAAUAACAACUAUUAGUCCUAGUUUCAGACUGUUAAAUAUUUUGUUUGUGUUAAUUAUAAUGACGAACGCGCCGACGCAAUCGAGGCUGCCGGUCUUGUGCAGGAACGCAGCGCCACAGAAGAGGGUCAUCUCAGAGCAGGCGAAAGGUGAGAUACCGCCUGAUAUCAAAAACAGCAAGAAGAAACGGUGGGACGUAAACACUCCAGCUGGACCGAAGGUUCAGGCCGCAAGCAAUAAAUCUAUCGACAAAAGUAAACUCUGCAAACCAAAGCCACCCGUUUUCGACACAGCCAUGCCCGCAUCCUUCUUGUUUACAAAGUCUGGCUUGCAGAUGGGAGUGAAGUUCAACACCCGUGGUCAGAGUACUACAGUUUCCAAGAAUCCAAAGAAGUUGAAACAUAAUUCACGGAGUGCUGCUGCCUUUGGUAUAUCAGCAUUGGUGAAGUCUGAGGCUGCACUCUUUGAAAAAACUGACCAGCAAAGUGCCACAAUUGAAGCAUUGGAAGGAGAAGUCAUUCAAUACCGGGCAGAGGUGCUGAAAUUUUCAGAAAAUGUCAAUCAACUGGAAAAGGAAAACCGUGAUUGCAACAGGAAGCUCUAUGAAUGCCAGGAGUUCCUCAAAAUCUUCCAUUUGGAUCCAGAGUCAGGCAAGCCAAUUGUUAAAGCCAUUUUGAAGAAAGAUCUGAACACCAACUCACGGAAAAACUGUAGAGAAGUCUUAUUACAACAAAGAAGAUUGAAUGAAAGACCAGAAACCACUAUUACAUCUCUGAAAGCAAUAUGUGACCAGGCACAGUCAAUGAUGUCAUCUACAGCCAAGAUACACGAAGACCACAUGCGUGCUAUGAAGAAUUUUAUGGCAAAAAUGGAAACACUACAGCAAGAGGUCAAUUCAGAUAACAGCAUACUAUAAAACGGUGCUGCUUGGCUAUCACUUUGUUAUAGCUUAUGACAUGUUUGCUUCUAGAUUUGAAGCUUUCGUGACUGCAAGGAUUCAUACUCUUUGGUUUUUUAGGUAAAGUCACAUAGGUAAAAUAAAAGAAAACUAAAUGAAAUCACGACGUUUCGGAGGCAACACAAGCUUCCGUCUUCAGGUGGAACAUGUUUGCUGUUUGGCACUGCAGGUCCUUUAAAACGUUUCACUUGAAGCGGAUGAAAAGUAUUGCCUGUUGUGGAAUGUCAUUGUUUAUUUCGGGUUUAGAUUUUUUAAAAAAUGCCAAGAAAGAUUUUGCACGACACCUGCUAUCCUGGGUUCAAAGUAUGAUGCGGUUUAGGUAUCCUUGCAAAAAUGUUAGAUUUAAAGAUGAAUGCAUACAGUUUAUUUUAUGUUAUCACUGAAGUUUCGUUUAUUAAAUUCCAGAUUUGUUGAACUGCAUCAUUUGCAUAUCAAUUGGCCAUAAACAAAACCCAAUAUUUAUAUUAUUUGGGUCUUUCGGUAAAGUCAUGUAGAUAGGUUCAAAGAAAAUAACAAAAAACUGACGUUUCGAUCGCACAAGCGGUCGUCUUCAGGAAAAGGGGGGUUAGCUUCCAAAGGCAAACUCUUAAGUACAAACUAUAAGGGUUUGAAAUGGGCGUAGUCCAAAUGUCAGCAACCAAUGUUCAUUCAAGUGGUGGGCAGCCAACUCGACGGUAGCUGGUUUUCCACCAAUCAAAGGGCUGCCAGGUGAAAAUUCGGAUGUUAAUGAGAGAUGAGCAUGUUAAUGGUAAAUCGCAGAGCCGCAACCGAGGGGUAAUCGGUGCGCGAAGUGGAUGUUGGUGUGAAGCUUGUGAAAUGGGCGUAAAGCACAACUAACAUCGGAAGGUGGUAGGAUGGGAACAUCAUAGCCAGUUUAUGAGCCUAAUUCUCACUUAUAUUUGACUGGCAAUAUCUUCAAUUGAUGUGUGAAACACUUGUAUGUAAUUGAGUUUAAGAAGGGAUCUCGGAGGUAGCUCCGUGAUAUAUGCGUCCAUGGGCUGUUUUCUCACAUGAAUAGUAGAAAUACUCUGAGGCAAACGAAUGUAUGCUGCCUCCUGAUAUUUGUAGCACAAUCUGGAUAUAAUUUGGGUAAAUGAAUGCAUUCUAUGAAUUAUGCAGAGUAUUUUUGUGUAGUAAGUUUCAGAAAGGCCAUGUUGGCAAAUGUGAUUGGUACAAUGACUUCAGCAUCUCAUUGAAAAUUAAGUAUUGUUUUACCGAAAUAACCAAGAAUAUGAAUCCCUGCAGUCACGAAAGCUUUAAAUCAAAACUUCACAUUCUAAUUGUAAAUUUAUGCUCACUCCAGCUUCCGCAGCUAUGGUAUUUGCAACAGUGCCUGUGUAUAAAGCAUCUGUCGAGGAACAAGUGUGUUUUAAACUUCGACAUGUACGUGUAAGAUUUGUUCUUGAUUAAUUGUCUGAAGCAGUGUGUUAUUGUGUAUCAUAAUGUAUAUUCGCUAUAUAUAUUUAAGCCUAUACUCUGGUUCUUUCGGUAAAGUCACGUAGGUAGAAAAAUAAAAAAGAACCAAGAGUGGAUUCCUGCAGUUACGAAAGCUUCAAAUCAAGAUAUGUUUUAUCCUGUAUAAUAUGCGAAUAAAGUUAUUGGCCUUAAUGGCUUGUAA